CUCAGCGGCGGCAGUUACAGUAGCCGCGCCGAUGAGAGAGAGAGAGGAGGAGCAGAGAGAGAGAAGGGAGCUCGACGCGGACUCCGCCUUACCCGUUGUCCAUCGCCGAACCCCAGUCAGGUGGAAGGGACAUCACGGUUCGUGCUGCUAAUGCCGGAGUCCCGCUGUUUGCGUCGUCUCUUCUCCUAAAGAUGGGUUUCCCGUAACCGGAGGUGGAGGGGAGAGGCGGGGGUGGGGGAAGCGAGAAAUGAAAGGAGGAAGGGGAAAAAAGACGACCAGACACAUAAGCACAAAUCGUGGGUGCCAGCGACCAUGAGAGGUUUGCACUAUUCCCAAGAAGCACCGCUACAUCCGCGGAUCAUGUCGUGAGGUGUGGCCGCCGACGCUUCGGAUACUGCCAGUAGACACUCCGAGGAGGGCGAACGAAAAUGUCCGCCUCAGUGGGGCCCCAGGGCGGUCCUCGCCCACCCACCGCGCCCGCACAAUCCAUGCCGGAUAUGCCGGACCUAAGUCACCUCACGGAGGAGGAGAGGAAAAUCAUCAUGGCAGUGAUGGUUCGGCAAAAGGAGGAAGAGGAUAAGGAACAAGCCAUGUUAAAGACGCUGCACCAGCAGUUUGAGAGCUACAAGGAGCAGGUGCGUCGCAUCGGUGCAGACACCCAGCGCCGCCGGCAGCAGCAGCAGCAGCAGCAGGCGGCUCCGGCAACGCCCGCCACCGCCACCACCACCACCACCGCCACGCCGUCCCGGCUUCCAGGACGGCAGCCCAUCUCGGCAUCUGCCGCAAGACCAGGAUCGCCCGGCGGCUGCGGGCACCUGUUCUACUGCCGCGCUGGUUCUGCGGCCGAUCACGGAGGGGCUGGCGUGGUCGCUGCCUGGCUCCAACAACCUUUAGGGGUCAAAGAUGAGAGGUCGGGGGUCAGGACGUUUGAGGAUGGAUGA